AUGACACCGGGAGGCAACACUUCGAGCGGCAGUGGUAGUGAGAGGUUGCAAGGGAGCGAGCCACCACCUUGUCGGCGAGAAAGGUUGAAUUCGAUUGCAUCGAUAGCUGAAUCGCAGCACUCGUCAACUACGCCAACUUUGUUGUCCCAGGCAAACUCGAACGACGAGACCAUGUCAUCACCCCAGGCCGCCCAUUUCGAUGCUGGAAGUCCACGGGAACUCCAUUACCAAGCUCCUAAACGCCAGCAGUCCUGGCGAGAAGGAGGUCGAGGGGUAGAAAAUUCACAUCAGCAUCUACCCUCGUUGUCCAACAUGCUCGAAGAUGGAAGGAAAGGGAUGCCAAUUGCAUCCGGGUCGGAAGGUAAUCCCUAUUCGAGUGGUUUUGUUGCCGCGAACCACCCUAGGUCGGUACCCGAAGUCCCCAACGUGCUUCCAUCCGCGCCGCCCAAGCCCCCCCUGCUCCGGCACGAACCGUCUUCGGGCAGCAGUAUUGGUUCAGUGAGUCCAGCAGGGGGCUUUGCACGGACUCCCGGCGAAAGACCGCUCCCAAUCCACGCUCUUCUUUCCCACCACCAGACGCUGCCGACACCAGUUGUUGCUGCCAACGCGGCCAUGUUCGAACGGGGUUCUCCUGUUUCCGGGUUAGGUACUGGUACGACGACCCCGAGCCCAACAGACCCUGUGCCGCUCACAAGGCCAUAUUUUGGCCACGGCGUUGUGCCCCGGGGAUAUGGCUCUCAACCAUUGCCACCCACUGGCCCUCCAGCCAGGAACGACGAAUACAUGGCGGACAGCGAUGUGCCAAUGACGCCGGCACCUGAUCUGAUGGCCCCAAUGGAGGAUCGGUCCUUCAAGACUCGUCUCGAUGGCAUGAGCGUCUUGCUAAGAGCUGGUGAGCUUGUCGAAAAGCAUGAACGCGACGAACGACGAUGA